AUGAGUAGCGGACCAUGGAAGGAAAUGCUUAGCAGAAAAGAUAUACAUCUACAUGAUACUGGAGAAGAAGAAGCGCCUAUCUCAUUGUUAAUAGGGGCUGAUGUUGCUGGCAAAAUACUUACUGGAAAAAUACUUCAGAUUGAUCAAGGAAUAACGGCUCUGGAAACCAAACUUGGAUGGACUCUUUUGGGCAGAAAAUUUGAUGAUGACAGCGAGUCAGAUGCAGCUCUAAUGGUUAUAUCCAUGCUCACACAAGAGGCAAGUGUGUCGGACCUGUGGAGACUUGACACAUUGGGUAUCACUGACCCAAUAGAAAGCAUUACUAAAGAGGCCCGUCAGACUGAAAUCAAACAACUGUUUCAAGAAACAACCAGAGUCAACGAUGAAGGUCACUACGAAGUUCUUCUACCAUGGAAGGAAAAUCAUCCACCUUUACAAGAUAACCGAGAUGUCGCGGAGAGGAGACUAAAAGCUGUCACCAAGAAACUACGACAUGAAGAUUUGUUUGAAGACUAUAACUCAGUCUUACACAACUGGCUCGACGAAGGUGUCAUCGAGAGAGUGCCUACACACGAAAUCCCAAAAGAAAGCUAUUACCUGCCUCACAGACCAGUUGUUAAGAAGGAAGGAACCACUAGGAUCCGACCGGUUUUCGACGCCUCAGCAAGGACCAAGGACUCAUCCUCGCUCAACCAAUGUCUAGAAACCGAUCGGGAUGUUCUGAGGUUCUUGUGGUGGGGUACCAAUGGAGAAUUGGAGACUUAUCGUCAUCGGCGGGUCGUAUUCGGCGUAACAAGCAGCCCAUAUCUUUUGGGAGCUACUAUCGAUAUGCAUCUUGAACAGGCUUUACAGUCCGAUGUUUCGCAAUGCCAGAAAUCAACUUACGAAAAAUUAACAAAGUCUUUCUAUGUCGAUGAUUGUAUUACUAGCGUUGAUUCUCAUUCUGAUUUCGAGAUCUUUCAGAAAGAAGCCAGUUCCCUACUGAGUCAAGCAAAAUUCGAUUUGAGAGGAUGGAAGUAUACGGGAAUGAACUCAGAGAAUCGAUCAACCAUACUCGGACUCGUUUGGGACACCAAACGUGAUACACUCUCAUUGUCAGGUUUCCCCUCACGGCCGAUCCCGGAGAAGAUAACAAAGAGAGAAGUGCUAUCACGAGUACAGCAAGUGUUCGAUCCUCUCGGGCUCGUCUGUCCAGUGCUCUUAAAGCCAAAGUUGAUGUUACAACGUCUCUGGAAUCAAGAUAUGGAUUGGGACACCGAGAUCGAUUCCGACAGCAAAAACGAAUUCAUAGAAUGGACACGACAACUGGACCUCCUCAGCAUGUUGAAAGUCCCUAGAUGGAUUUUUGGAGAAGAAAGGAAUACCGAAUCAUUAUGCUUUCAUGUCUUUGUGGAUGCUAGCAAGGAUGCCUACGCGGCUGCGCUUUUCGCAAGAGUAAAAGCAGACGCAGGGGUUGAAGUCCAUCUUAUCGAAGCUAAGUCAAGAGUAGCCCCGAAAGGCAAGAAGACUAUACCUCGUCUCGAACUGUUGGCCGCCUCUAUUGGAGCUAGACUAAUGCACUCUUUUAUCCAGGCCACCAACUACCGAGACAUCAAAAUAUAUUUCUGGGGCGAUUCGACCACUGUCCUAACUUGGAUACGUCAGACAAGACAGUGGGCUGUAUUUGUGUGGAACCGCGUCCAAGAAAUAAGAAGACUUGCUGAAGUUGGUUCCUGGAGAUACGUUCCUGGGGAGAUGAAUCCUGCGGACUUACCUUCUCGAGGCUGUGAUACGAGAAAGUUUUUUGAGUACAGAUGGUGGGAGGAGCCCGCGUGGUUGAAACUCCCCCCCGAUCGAUGGUCUACAGAAGAGGAGGAAUUUUUGGAAGCUUUCAGACGGUUCGUAGCUCGUCGAGGAAGACCCUCUGUGAUUUACAGCGACAAUGGCAGAAACUUUGUAGGAGCUGCAAAUCUGCUACGAAAGAUCAACUGGGAAAAGAUCUCCAACUAUUGUGCUCUUAAUGAAAUGGAAUGGCAUUUUAAUCCUCCUUCAGCUGCUUGGUGGGGAGGAUGGUGA